UUACUACUCGAGUAGUCGAGUAGUGUUAGUUAUAAGCUGAAUUUUGAUGGCACCGCACGUUAUCUCUUGUUAUCAAAUAUUUGUUUAUAUUAUUGAGUGUAUAGAUACUAGUAGGUAAUAUUAAGUUGUUUGGUAUUAAUAAAUAACUGUAAUCGUGUUCAAUAUGGUUGGAAAAGUACAAACUGUCCUCGGGAAUGUAAGUCCCGACCAACUAGGCCACACCCUGACUCAUGAACACUUGGCUAUGGACUUCAGCUACUUUUACACCCCUCCACCAGCCGCAAUAGCUGAUCAGGUCCAAGGUACUCCACAUAUGGGCAAUGUGGGGUACAUUAGGCAGUACCCUUACAGCUCACAGUUCAAUCUGGAGUUUGGAGAUCAGGCCGCGAAAGAUGCGGUUCUGCAGGACGUGAAGAUGUUUAAGAGAAGCGGCGGAGGCACAAUCGUCGAAAACUCCACUGAAGGGUUAAGAAGAGACAUCGGGUUCUAUAAAAAGGUUUCUCAAGAGACUUCAGUGCACAUUGUAGCUGGUUCGGGAUACUACAUAGCUGACUUACAGGCGCCUGCCAUCGCUAAUAUCAAAGAAGAAGAGAUGUAUGACCGUAUGCUGAAGGAUUUUACUGAAGGCUUCGAAGAAGACAGCUCGGUGAAAGCAGGAUUUUUGGGCGAAAUUGCUAGCGCUUGGCCUUUGAGAGAUUUCGAGCGUAAAGCGAUCAAAGCCGCCGGGGAGGUGCAACAGCAGACCGGGUGUCCGGUCAGUUUCCACCCGCACCGGUUGCCGGAGGCGCCGUUCGAGAUCAUCCGGCUUUAUUUGGAAGCCGGAGGGCGGCCGGACAAGGCUGUCAUGUCGCAUUUGGACCGCACGCUUCAGGACGAGACCAAACUCCUAGAUUUCUCCGACCUGAAGACUUACUGCCAAUUUGAUCUGUUCGGAGUAGAAGUCUCUUAUUACCAGCUCAACCCUACAGUGGACAUGCCGUCUGACGCACAGAGAUUGGACAGGAUCGCCAUGUUGGUGCGAGAGGGACGGGGCGAUAGAGUGCUGAUGUCUCAUGAUAUACACACGAAGCAUAGACUGUCAGCGUUUGGUGGUCACGGCUACUCUCACAUCAUCAACAAUGUGGUACCCCGGAUGCCCGGCAAAGGGUUAUCCGAUGACGUCAUCGACCAGAUCAUAGUCAAGAACCCUGCGACAUGGCUCACGAUUUAUUGAGUGUCAAAAAUGAGAAGUAUGCAAAACAGAGCUAGGAAGCGAAAGAGCCGGCUCGCUCUGUAGAAAACUUUUAUGAAAUAAUUUAUU